GCGGACUCACGUGAAGGAAUUGCGCUCAGGGAUGGGUGUGGUCCACUGGGCUGCAGGACCCAGAGGUGACUUUGCGCGGGCGGCGGGCGGGCGGAGGAGCUGGCGCCAUGUUCCGACUGAUGUACCAGCAGGCGAGGAGCCACCCCAGUCUAAUUCCACUGUUUGUUUUCAUUGGAUCUGGAAGUAUUGGAGCGAGCCUUUAUCUCCUGCGGCUUGCUCUCCGCAACCCUGAUGUUUGUUGGAAUCACAAGAGCAACCCUGAACCAUGGAAUAAAAUUGCACCUACUGACCAGUACAAGUUCUUUUCGGUGAACAUGGACUACAGUAAACUGAAGAAGGAUCGACCAGACUUUUAAAUGCUGAUAAAUGAGUUUCUUGUCCGGGUGGCUUUUCUGCUCCGUAAAGCUCACUGCAAAAUGUGGUCUGCUACUACUGCUUUGUGUUCACCAGUUUCAUUGGACCAUUCAGUAGCCAGAUAUACUACUGAACCUAAUUUGUGUAUAUACAGACUAUAAAUGUGAAUAAACUGGUGUCCUCUA